AUGCAGUUUCUGAAAAUUUUUGAACAAUUGGAUCAAAUCAUCUCAGCAAUCACUUUAGCUAAACCUAGACCAGGUCUCUUUGUAGCCGACAUUCAACACAUUCUAGUGAUUGCUACCCCUUUGGUUGUUACUAUCGUUGGACUUUCACUUAAACCCUCAGCACCUUCUAAACCCGCAGAGCUCUCACUUUACCUAACCGGCUUGUCAAUCCCUACGGAUGGAAUCCUCUUCACCUCAAUUCAUGCUCAUGAAGCUACUGGCAGAAUCUUUCUCUUAGGAUCAUCUGAUUCACAAACUGGUGCUACUCAGGGAAACGAUCUGUGUGAAUUCGAAUAUAGAUCUGAAGAAGGUUGGUUCAAGAAACGGUGUAAUCUCUUAAAUCAUAGUCGAGGUGGUGGUAGUAAUACUCUAAGCAACUUGCUACCAAGUUGGUUGAGUCCGAUCACCACGGGUAAUAUUACAUUGCUUUCCAUCGAUCAAGAGCGACAUUUAAUCUAUGGCUUCACCAAAUCCGGUUCCAUCAAAAUGUAUAGUCUGGGUUCAACUGGCCAAGAUCCUCCAAACGAGCUUGCUUCUGUUAGCAACGUUGUUAGAGAAGCUCUUGGAAUGUGUCCAUCCGCUGGUCCCUUACUUGAUCCACGUACAUUCGAAGUCAACGGUUUACAUACCAUCAAGAAAAGAGAAGGUGGUAAAGUAGCACUUGUGCUCACUACUACCAUGGGAGUUCGUCUUUAUUUCUCACACGCAAGAAAGGGAUAUGGUUAUGGUUAUAUUGGUCUUACCGGUACUACCAACAAUUCGACUUCUAACUCGAUGCAUGAUGAAGAUUGGAAUCCGGCCUCACUUUGGCUUUGUCAUGUUCGACUUCCACCUCGCCAGUCAAAUUCUUCACAACAAAACAACCAUAACCCACUUACGAGUCUUUCACUUAAUUCAGUUUAUCAACCACCUCGACAGGAUGAUUCAUUGGCAGGAUCAGGCGAAUCGGAGAUGAUUCCCAUCCCUUCUCCCUUAAGUCUAACUCAUACAAGUUAUGCUUCACCUCAAGGCUUCUUUAUUUCCUCGCAUACUGUCGAUUCAGAGCAUGAUCUGAUCAUCGUCACUGCUCCUGAUUUAAGUCAACAAUUGAAUCAUCACAACUUUAUGGGUACCGCCAACCCGUCAGCCGCACCAGGACUUCAGAAUAAUGCUGCACAACCACCACCGACAAUGUCAGAGAUUGCAUCUCCAAUCCAUAUCGAGGGACAUGCUUGGGCCAUCGCUCAAUCAUCUCCUUCUUCCGCUUUUAUGGAUUCAGAUCCAUUCACAGGAUCUCCCCAAGAGUGGCUCAUCCUCUCCAAUAUGGGCAUCAAUGUACUUUCAAAUCAAAGACCGGUUGAUACGCUUGCUGGUUUAUUAAACAGUAUGCCUGGUAGAGAUCAUGAUCUUGCUCUCUUUUGGGAAAGGUUCGGUCGAGAUCAAACUUGUGCAAUGUGCAUCUGUAUCAUUGUGACAGUUCAAGAUUCGAUGCAAUCUAAUGCUCCAUCUUCAAUACAUUGGGGAUCAGAAGCCGGUUUGAAUGCCAAAAAGUUAUUCUUUGAAUCUUCUGGUCGACCUGAAAUUCUAUCAAACUGUAAUCAGUCUCUUCUUUUUCGUGUUGUGGACGUAUGGAUUUCUGACCAUGUUAACGAGAAUAUAGAUACUCCAGGCGGUAUGAGUAGUAGUGGAGCCGAUGAUAGAAAAGCUGCUGCUGGAGGUAGCAAUGGACUCUUAGCUUCGAAUUUGAAUGAAGCCACUUUGAUGAAGGUUCAAAGGGAAUUGAACGGUUUGCGAAACUUUAUGGACAAGUCGGUUUCACUACUUUUCUUUGACUAUCCAAAAACGUCGAGGAAACUGAUUGAAUCGGUCUUGUUGACGUCAUUGCCAGAUAUGAGAACUACUGGAAGGACAGACGUGAUCAAAGGUGUUUAUGAGCUCGAACAAAACUCAAUGAACAGCAUGCGAACACUCUUGACUCAAUCAAUUGAAGCCAUCUCAUUCAUCUUAUUAUUGAUUGAUCACAAACUCACUGAUAUCAUUUCUUCAGAGAGUUUUCAUAGAUGUCCGGAAGAGACACGAAAGAUGAUGGGUGAGAUUGAUUAUCGAGAGUUGAUUGCGGGUCAAAACGGUCGAGAAUGUACAAGAUCGAUGGUGAAGAGUUUGAUUAAUCAACAAAUGGUGGGGAAAAGUGUGGAUGGGAUCAGUGAGAUCUUGAAACUUAGAUGUGGUACCUUUUGUAGUUCAGAUGAUGUCUUGUUAUACAAGGCUAUUGAAGCUUUGAAUCGAGUCAAAGAAUGUCAAAAUCCGGAUGAUCGACGAAACUUUGCAACUGACGCUCUCAUAUUAUUCAAAAAGGGUGCUAAACAUAUGACCAUAGAAGUACUAGAAAAUGCAUGUGAAGAGUUUUUGAAAACCGGAUUCCUAGAUGGAAUUGUUGAAUUAUGUUUAAGUUGUGCAAAGGUUUGGGAUCCAUUACAUGAAGGAGUUGAGUAUUGGAGAAAUGGGAAGAUGGGAAGAAGAGGAAAAGACGUUUUUGAAGGAUUAGAAAGAUGUUAUACAAUUCUUGUGGAGAGUCUUGAUAGUUUUGGUAUGGAUGGAAGUCUCAAUGGUGAUGAAGUUAGAAUUAUGAAAGAUCAUGCGAUUCGGGUUGGGUUAUCUAGUGAUGAUGAACUGUUUCAUUAUCAUUACUACGACUGGUUGCUGGCGAGAGAUCGAACCAUCGAAUUACUCGAGACUCGGAGUGAAUACUUGGAAAGUUAUUUGAAAGCUGUUCCUACAACACUUUUAAAGGCGGAUCUGUUGUGGCAAUAUUAUGCUAGGCAAGACCGAUUCCUGGAUGCAGCAAGGAUCUUAGCCAACCUUGCGAGUGAUGAUGGAUUACCUUUACCGCUCUCAAGACGAAUAGAAUAUUUGUCAUUAGCCAUUAACAAUGCGAAAUCGUCUACACAUUUGAAUGGAGAAGGGUUCGAAUUUGUCAUAGAGAUUGAAGAAAAACUAGAAGUAGGACAAGUUCAGGUUGAAGUCUUACAGAAUAUAAUUGAUUCUGAAGAAGAAGAAGAACGUGAGGAAGGUGUGAGACAGAUCUUAGAUCAAUUACAACGUCGAUUAUAUACUAUCAGUGAGCUUUACAGGGAUGUUGUCGAACCUUUAGGAUUGUUAGAUGCUACACUAAUGAUCUUUCAUGUCUCUGAUCAUCGGGAUGAGGUUUUGACGGAGACUGUGUGGCGAGCGAUCAUCGAGAGGGCUCAUAAUGGUCGUCCAGCUGGUAAAGUACGCGGACCAGAAGCUGUGGCCAGCAAAGUGACCGAGUUAGGACGAAAGUUUUAUCCUUCUGAUAUUGCUUUUAACCUACCGAUGGUGGUGGGUUUAGUAGAAAAAUACGCAUUUGAACAAGGAGGUCGAAGAAGAUGGGUUGGACAGAUGCUCCGAUUGGCAGGAGUACCUUGGCAAUCGAUCUGGGAGUCAAUGGAUGAGCUAUUCACAACCAAGGUUCCUCCUUGGCAUGUGAAUGGUACAUUGGCUUUCUUGGCUUACGAGCUUGCAGGAGUUCUUGAAGCUUGGUUAGAAGAACUUCAUUCGGAGAGUCAACUUCAUUUAGGAAACUUCCCGGCUGCAAGAGUAGUGGAUGUGAUUGAUCGAUAUGUGGCUAUGUUGAGUAGUAUUCAUGUGGAAGAUGUUGCGUAUGGAGAAACGGCUAGAAAACUUGAAGUGAUGAAGAUUAGGAUUAGGGAAACGUUUUGAUGGGAAUUGAAUCAUGAAUUGAAAGUCGAAGGAAUUGAGAAAGUUGUUAGAUUGAUCUUAUAGAUGAUUGGUUUUGAUUUGAAGCAAUGCUAAUAAAAUCCUUCAAAAUGGGAUCUUCAUUCCAUUAAUGUCGAGUUCUUUUUCUCUUUGGAUAUUCAAGCUUAUUUCAAUCUCUUUUACACACUCUAGAUUGGAGCUUUGUUACAAAAGAAUGAUUGUACAAAUCUUUGGAUCAAAUUAAUUCCUGUAAUACCCAAAUCAGUCAACUACCACCCAACAUUUUUUUUCAUAGUCUGGAAAAUUGAAAGUCUAGUAACAAGUUUCUUCAAUUCUG